GGUGAGAUUAGUUUGGGGAUGUGAAUACAAUGAGUGUAAACCAGCAAGCUCACACAGGGCCUCCUUACGGGCGACCUCAGCCUGGAUAUCAGGGAUACCAGCAGCCUGCCUACGGAGGACAGCCAUUGCCAGGGGUUCCUCAAUUGCAAUAUGGAGCUUAUAAUGGUCCGAUGCCAGGAUAUCAACAGCCAGCACCUCCACAAGGUUACUUUCCUUCCUUGGGGUUCCCUUCGAAGGGCUCUCCUGUUUCUCUCAACUCUGACUCUUCUUCUCUUCCACCUAAUUUCAUAGGCUCGUUAAGAGCCCCUUCAACAUCUGGAGCUCCCCCUCCAGCCUCUGGAGGAUCUCUUCCUUCUGGUCACCUGACGUACAGCCCAUUUGGACAGGGAGAUGUGCAGAAUGGGAUUCCAGCCCCAGCAGCCCCAAUGCAGAGGCCACCUGCCUCUCAGCCGUAUCUGCCAGGCUCAGCACCCAUGCCUGUCAGCCAGACACCUACGUUCCAGCAAUAUGGUCCCCCCGCAGCCAGUGUACAGCAGCUCAGCAAUCACAUGGCUGGGAUGACAAUUGGCAGUAUUGCAGCCUCUGCUCCUCCCCCAGCUGGACUGGGAUAUGGUCCCCCAACAUCGGUUCCUCCAGUCUCAGGUACAACAGGAUCUGGUCUCUACACACCUUACACUGCGAGCCAAGGACCCCCUCCUACCAGCGUGUCUCAGGGUGUUCCUUUGGCACAGCCUCCAUUUCCAGGUCAGCCAAUACCAACUCAGCACCUACCUACUGAAGUCCCUGGUUUUGCCUCACCUCCCUCUUCUGCAGGGGUUGGACCUUCCUCUUACCCUUCUACCACAGGUGCCCCAAGGCCACCUACCAUGCCGGGCCCACCACUGCCUGGGCAGACAGUUGCUGGAUCACCAACGUCCCAGCCUAAUCAUGUAUCCUCACCACCACCUCCAUCAGCUAUGUCAGGGCCACAGCCUGGGCCUCCCAUGAGUGGCCUCCAUGGACCACCUCCUCCAACUCAUCCUCCUCAGCCAGGAUACCAAAUGCAGCAGAACGGUUCCUUUGGGCAGGUGAGGGGUCCUCAGCCAAGCUAUGGAGGAGCCUAUCCAGGAACACCAAAUUAUGGAAGUCAACCCGGACCACCACCUCCACCCAAACGCUUGGAUCCAGAUUCCAUUCCUAGCCCUAUUCAAGUGAUUGAAGAUGACAGAAAUAACUGUGGGUCAGAACCAUUUGUCACUGGAGUGAGAGGGCAGGUCCCACCUCUUGUUACUACGGAUUUCUUGGUCAAGGAUCAAGGUAAUGCAAGCCCCCGCUACAUAAGAUGCACAUCUUACAAUAUUCCCUGCACCUCAGAUAUGGCCAAACAGUCCCAAGUUCCCCUAGCUGCUGUCAUAAAACCGCUGGCUACUCUACGCCCAGAGGAGACCCUUCCUUAUUUGGUAGACCAUGGAGAAUCCGGUCCUGUCCGAUGUAAUAGGUGCAAGGCUUACAUGUGCCCUUUUAUGCAAUUCAUUGAGGGUGGAAGGAGGUUCCAAUGUUGUUUCUGCAGCUGUGUCACUGAGGUGCCACCUCACUACUUCCAGCAUUUGGAUCACACUGGAAAGCGAGUAGACUUUUAUGACCGGCCUGAGUUAUCACUGGGGUCUUACGAGUUUUUAGCAACAGUUGACUAUUGCAAGAAUAACAAGUUUCCCAGUCCACCUGCUUUCAUUUUCAUGAUUGAUGUGUCUUACAAUGCUGUAAAGAGUGGCUUAGUGAGGCUAAUAUGUGAAGAAUUAAAGUCACUCCUAGAUUACCUGCCCAGGGAAGGCAACAUGGAAGAAUCAGCCAUUCGUGUGGGCUUUGUCACCUACAACAAAGUGUUACACUUCUACAAUGUGAAAAGCUCCUUGGCACAGCCACAGAUGAUGGUUGUCUCAGAUGUGGCAGAUAUGUUUGUGCCUCUCCUUGAUGGUUUUCUGGUGAAUGUGAAUGAGUCCAGGACAGUUAUUGCCAGUUUGCUGGAUCAGAUUCCAGAAAUGUUUGCAGACACAAGAGAAACGGAAACCGUUUUUGCUCCUGUGAUUCAAGCUGGGCUGGAGGCACUGAAGGCAGCUGAGUGUGCUGGCAAGCUCUUCAUUUUCCACACCUCUCUGCCCAUUGCAGAGGCCCCAGGGAAGUUAAAGAACAGGGAUGAUAAGAAACUGAUCAACACAGAUAAGGAGAAGACUUUGUUUCAGCCACAGACAAGCUUUUACAACAACUUGGCCAAGGAUUGUGUGGCCCAGGGCUGCUGUGUGGAUCUGUUCCUGUUUCCAAACCAGUAUUUAGAUGUGGCAACACUAGGUGUAGUCACUUACCAGACAGGAGGCUCCAUUUAUAAAUACGCAUAUUUCCAGCUGGAGACUGACCAGGAUAGGUUCCUGAAUGACUUGAGAAGAGAUGUCCAGAAAGAAGUGGGAUUUGAUGCUGUAAUGAGAGUGCGCACAAGCACAGGUAUUCGAGCAACUGACUUUUUUGGAGCUUUCUAUAUGAGCAACACCACUGAUGUAGAGAUGGCAGGUUUGGACUGUGAUAAAACAAUCACAGUGGAAUUCAAACACGAUGACAAACUGAGUGAAGACAGUGGUGCACUCCUUCAGUGUGCUCUGUUAUAUACAAGUUGUGCAGGACAGCGACGACUCCGCAUUCACAACCUGUCCUUAAACUGUUGCACACAGCUUGCUGACCUCUAUCGAAACUGUGAGACAGACACACUCAUCAAUUACUUGGCUAAAUAUGCAUAUCGUGGAGUUCUGAGUAGUCCAGUAAAGACUGUACGAGAUGCACUGAUCAACCAGUGUGCCCAGAUCCUAGCUUGCUAUAGAAAGAACUGUGCUAGUCCCUCUUCUGCUGGCCAGCUGAUCCUCCCUGAAUGCAUGAAGCUGCUUCCUGUAUACUUGAAUUGUGUCUUGAAGAGCGACGUCCUUCAGCCUGGUCUAGAGGUCACCACAGAUGACCGUGCCUACAUUCGUCAGUUAGUCACAUCCAUGGAUGUGGCUGAAACAAAUGUUUUCUUUUAUCCUAGGCUUUUGCCCCUGACCAAAGCAGAUGUUGACAGUGACUCCUUGCCAGCAGCAAUCCGGAACUCAGAGGAACGUCUCUCCAAGGGUGACAUAUACCUGCUGGAGAACGGGCUGAACAUCUUUGUGUGGGUGGGAGUCAAUGUGCAGCAAGGCCUGAUCCAGAACCUCUUUGGAGUGUCAUCCUUCAGUCAGAUUAGCAAUGGCUUGAGUACCCUGCCUGUCUUGGAAAAUCCCUUCUCAAAGAAAGUACGAUCUAUUAUCGACAUGCUUCAAAUGCAGAGAUCCCGCUACAUGAAGUUAAUAAUUGUGAAGCAAGAAGAUAAGCUGGAAAUGCUGUUCAAACACUUCCUAGUGGAGGACAAGAGCCUGAGUGGGGGGGCUUCAUAUGUGGACUUCCUGUGUCACAUGCACAAGGAGAUUCGGCAACUACUGAGCUAGAGGAGGGAGUGGUGCUGGAACUCGGCAGUGACAUUUCAGUCUCCACUAAUGACCUGAUCAGAAGGUCCAGCGCCCUCAAAAAGGACAGCAUAGAAAUCUGUACAAUUCCAUAAUUUUUAAUACACAUUGCAUAAGCAGAAAUCCUUUCAACCUCUGCCAGUCCCGUAUGAGAGAUGACAAAUUUUCCUGGUGAGGGCUAAAAAAAAAAA